AUGAAAGAUGAAGCGGGGAUUGCACACCAACAAGCUGGCUCCCUAGACCAGACCGGAGCUUUGAAACCGGAAGUUGUUAGUACUUCGAUUUGCAAAUCAUGUCCGAGUGAUCCAAAUGGGCAUCGGCAGGGCGAAGUCUGUCCUCCAGUUGCCAUUGUCGGCAUGGCUUUGCGCCUCCCGGGUGGAGUCAAUUCGCCGGAUCAGCUAUGGGAUUUUCUUAUAGAAAAGAGAAAUGGUGUUUGUGAGGUACCUGAGACCCGCUACACCGUCGACUCAUUUUACAGCCCAACUAGAAACCACUGCGUCAAAACACGACAGGGAUACUACUUGAAUGAGGACCCUGCCUGCUUUGAUGCUGGAUUUUUUGACAUCAACGGGUAUGAGGCAGGACGGCUAGAUCCACAACAACGCCAAUUGAUGGAGGUCGUCUGGGAGUGUCUCGAAAGUGCGGGGGAAACAAACUGGCGAGGAAAGCGCAUCGGGUGCUACGUUGGCGUUUAUGGAGAAGAUUGGCUCGAUCUGAACAGCAAAGAUCCUCAAGAUACUGAUCGGUAUCAUAUCAUUGCAACGGGGCAAUUCGCUCUGGCAAAUCGAUUGUCAUUCGACGAAGAGGUUCUUAUUCGUGUCGAAUAUAGUAUGACCCUCCAAACGGGCUGCUCUGCAUCGUUAGUUGGCCUCCAUGAGGCAACUCAGGCCCUGUAUAGUGGAGACUGCUCCUCGGCGAUUGUCGCUGGAACAAAUCUCAUUUUUACACCGAUCAUGACUCAGACAAUGAGCGAUAACACAGUGAUGUCACCUACUGGUACAUGCCGAACAUUUGACGAGAAAGCUGAUGGCUAUGGGCGUGGAGAAGCCAUAAACGCUCUGUACAUCAAGCGACUCGACCAUGCGAUCAGAGAUGGAGAUCCCAUACGAGCAGUCAUACGAGCUACUUCGACCAACUGUGAUGGAAGAACCCCUAGCAUCACUACACCGGGAUCUCACUCGCAGGAGGCGCUUGUGAGAUGGGCAUAUGAAAAAGCAGGAAUCCGCGAUAUCUCCCAGACUGGAUUUUUCGAAUGCCAUGGCACCGGCACAAUCGCUGGCGACACUGCCGAAGUCUCUGUUGUUGCCAAGCUGUUUGAGGGAAAAGGAGUGACCAUCGGCGCAGUCAAACCAAGUGUCGGCCAUGGUGAAGGAGCUUCUGGAAUCAGCAGUGUGAUCAAAGCUGUUCUUGCUUUGGAACACAAAACGAUUCCCCCCAAUGUUUUCUUUGACACCCCGAACCCCCGGAUCCCGUUCAAGGAGGGGAAGCUUCAUGUCCCUGUUGAGUCGGAGCCCUGGCCAGUCGGGAGGAGCGAGAGGGUAAGCGUGAACUGCUUUGGGGUCGGAGGUGCCAAUGCCCACACAAUUCUUGAUUCAGUCGCCUCAUUUUGUGGAGAGGCUCCCCAGAUACCAAAUGGAGAAUGCCAUAAAGCUCGCCUUCUCGUCACGUCGGCUCGGAGCGCCGCGGCUCUUCAAAAACGCACACAGGAUCUGGAGGUUUACUUGGGACGAUACCCCGAGAAACUUCACGAUCUAGCAUACACCCUGGGUGUACGAAGGGAACACCUCUCUCACCGAGCAUUCGCAAUCGUGAAACCCGACAUGACUAUGCAGCAAUCAUCACUCUCGUUCCACACUGGACGAAACAAAUCCCCAGCCCUGACGUUGGUUUUCACAGGACAAGGAGCACAGUGGGCUGGAAUGGGAAGGAAUCUCAUUGCCGAGUUCUCAGAGAUCAAAGGAACUAUCCAGUCUCUGGACCAAGCACUCAAAGAGCUUCCAGACGGCCCGAACUGGUCGAUCGAGGACGAGCUGACCAAAAUCGGUAAAAGCAGCCGUGUUGGCGAGGCAGAGUUCUCUCAGCCCCUGUGCACCGCCCUGCAGAUUGCUAUCGUUGACCUCCUUUAUUCUUGGGGGCUCAAGCCAUGCUCAGUGGUUGGUCAUUCAAGUGGCGAGAUUGCAGCGGCUUACGCGGCAGGAGCGCUGACUUCGAGAUCUGCCGUGAUUAUCUCGUACUACCGAGGAAAACUGGCUAAGAGUCAAGAGGGCAAAGGGGCCAUGGCUGCAGUUGGUCUUGGUCCCGGUGACGUAUCUUCCUUCUUGGAGGAUGGAGUGGUGAUUGCUUGCGAGAAUAGUCCGCAAAGCGUGACUUUGUCGGGAGACGCGGAAAAGGUUGAGAAAGUACUGGGCAAGAUCAAAGCUUCUGAUCCCGAUAUUCUUUGCCGCAAACUGCGCGUAUCCACCGCAUACCAUUCUCAUCACAUGCGUGCUCUUGGGGCGGAGUACGAAGCUCACAUUGAGCGCUUUGUACAAACCACUGGAGAAGCGAUGGUGCCGCUGUUUUCAAGUGUUAUGAAUGCGAAAAUCACUACUCCCGCGGAGCUGAGCGCUUCCUAUUGGCGGCAGAAUCUCGAAUCCUCAGUCAGAUUCUGCACGGCAGUGCAGAAUGUUCUCAAAGAGCCGGAAGGCAAGGUCUUCUUGGAAGUCGGUCCCCAUUCUGCUCUGUCUGGGCCCCUUCGCCAAAUCUUCCAGGGCGCAGCAUUGAAGGCGGAUCCAGUGUAUAUCCCAACACUGAUUCGCAAUGACGAGGAUAGCCGAGGUCAGAUGCUGUUUGCGGCUGGAUCUGCCCAUGUGCAUGGGGUCCCGGUUCGUCUAGAGACGAUCAAUAAUGGCAAGGGAAAGCCGUUGACGAACUUACCAUGCUACCCAUGGGACCAUAGCACAAGGUACUGGCACGACAGUCGGGUUACGCGUGAAUGGAGAUAUCGCAAAAAUCCUCAUCACGAGUUACUUGGCUCCCGAGUCAUGGAAUCCUCGGAUAUUGAGCCUGCAUGGAGGAACCUCUUACGUUUGGAGGACGUCCCAUGGUUAGUCGACCAUGCCCUUCAAGGAAAUGUUAUUUUUCCUGGCAUGGGGUAUGUUGCCAUGGCUGGCGAAGCCAUACGGCAACUCGAGCCAGAGGUGGAAGAUUAUUCAAUCAAGAACAUGGUCAUCAAAUCUCCACUGCUGCUAAAGGAUUCUCAGACCUUCGAGAUUUUAACUACGUUGAAACCAGUGCCCAUCACCGAUAUUGUGGAUGGAGAAUGGUAUUCCUUUUCCAUCAUGAGCUGUGAUGAGACUGGCUGGACCAAACAUUGUCAAGGGCAAGUGAAGGCCGGCCCUAGUCAGGUUCCGAAGGGACAGGAGAUUCCAAAGUACAGUCGAGUAUUGGAUCCUAAGGCUUGUUAUAAAUAUGUCGCCAGGCUGGGAUUUCACUACGGUCCGCAUUUCCAGCGAUUUGAAGACAUCACUGUUGACCCGAGGGAUCGAAGGGCUUCCGCAACGGUCCUGAAUGUGGAAAGCCCACCCCCAAGCCGCUACACACUUCAUCCUGCGACCAUGGACCAUGUUCUUCAACUAUUCCCUGUUGCCUUUGCUCAGGGUCUUGCACGGAAGUUUCAAAUUGUUGUACCCGCCGCGAUCGGCCAUCUGUACGUUGGCGGCAGCGCCGCCAAAGUCGGCAUUCAAACGAGCAUUUCAGAAGGUACAAUGGGAUUUUACUCAGGACACGCUACUAUGAUGGCUGGAGAGAAGCUAGUCAUGUCUUUGACAGAUGUUCAUGGAUUUCCAGUCGACGGACAAGACUACACGGAGGGUUGUGCCAUUCCCGCGCUCUCCCAGAUUAGAUGGGCCUCAGAUAUCGAUCUGACAUCCCCAGAUGCUUUAUUCCCAUCGUUGACAGUUAGUUCAUCUGAUCAAGAAGGCAUCAGAGAUGCUGAGUGGUUAGGCGCUCUGUAUCUCCUUGAGACUGCGUCUUCUUUGGCCGAGGAGAGUUCUGAGACCCUCAGCUUGUCAAGAUGGAAGAGCUGGGUGACCACUCAAGCGUCGAUACAUAGCUUGAGGAAUGAUUCCAUCCACCAGAAAGCUUCAGAAUGGGCAAAUUUGAGGUCGGAAUCACGACAGUUGCUUAUCAAGGCAAUUUCCUCGAAAUAUGACAAGUGUGAAGAAGAUCAUGAUUUCCAGGUUCUCUCUGGCUGCAUGCGCUAUGUCUUCCAAAACUGCCGAGAAAUCGUGGCAAGUGAAACUCUUCCGGAAGAGACACAGGACUAUCUGCAGAAAUUCAAUCUCCUUCUACAGUCAAAACUAAAAUGGACCGCUCUCUUAACGGCACUCGGCCACUCCAACCCUGCGAUGCGAAUCCUCGAAAUUGGCUGCGGAUCUUUGGCGGCCACAAAGCUGAUAUUGGACCAGUUGAAGACUCCAGAGGGUGUGAGGCUUUAUUCCAGAUACAUCUUUACACGUCCCUCGGACAAAGCGAUCACAGCUGCGCAAGAGAGGAUUCGUGAAGAUAUUGAAUUCAAGGAGCUUCACAUCACCCAAGACCCAGCAGAGCAAGGAUUUGAUCUGAAGUCAUUUGAUCUAAUUAUUGCUUAUAAUACCCUUCCGUCCACAUCCGAACUGGACGUUUCUCUGCGCAACAUUGGGCAUUUGCUGGCACCAAAUGGCAGACUAUUAAUUCACCAAUUAAACCACGAAAGCCUAGUAACCAGCUAUCUUGCGAACUUGAUGCCAGAUGAUUGGACGGGGCCGGAAGGCAGCUUCAAUCGGCAAUUACUUUCAGCCAGGGAGUAUGAUGCUUGCCUGCGGAAUGCUGGGUUCACCGGCAAUGACGCCGUCUGUGGCAGUUCAGAUGCCUCAACUGGCUUCGAAGGACUCACAUUGUUGUCCAGUAUCCGGGCUACCCCGGACAGUAAUGAAACAGUCACACUUGUAGUUACUGAGACGCCUGGACCUUGGGCCCAACAGGUUGCUGCUCAGCUCAGUGACCAAGGAUACAGCAUUAACUGGACCACAUUGAAGGAGGAGAUGCCCGUCAAUGAGUGGAUUGUUUGCCUCCUUGAUCUGGACGGGCCUUAUCUCCACGAACUGUCUGAGCCGGACUUUGUCACAUUGCAGAUAUUUUUAACAAAUCUAGCUGAUUGUCACCGCGUUCUGUGGGUAACCAGACUCUCCGGUGUCACUUGUGAAGACCCCCGUUUUGGGCUCGUGUUCGGACUUGCGCGGACGCUCAGACAGGAGCAAAUGUUGGAUAUCUCUAUAUUCGAGACCGACGCUUUUGAUGAGCACGCAACUGAUGCAGUGUGUAGAGUUCUAAGAAAGCUUAUGAUCUCUAGGAAAGAUGCUCUUCCUGAUCCCGAAUAUGAGUUCUCCUCAUCCCGCGGGGAAGUGCUUGUUGGGCGGUGCCAUUGGGGGUUAUCUAACGAAAACAAAAUUCUCCAAUCCCAAGAUGAAACGGCAAGACAGCUGGGAGUUGGAUCGUUUGGUCUAAUAGAGACUCUCGAAUGGGUACCAUAUGCGACGCGUGAGCUACCGCCGUCAAAUGUCGAAGUCGAAAUGCACUAUGUCGGGCUAAACUUUCGAGACAUCCUCGUUGGCAUGGGUCUGUUUGGAGACCCCGAGGAAUUUGGUGUGGAGGGAAGUGGCAUUGUCACGAGAGUGGCAGCGGAUGUCACUGACCUGAAACAAGGGGACAGAGUUGCAAUCCUAGGCGAGGGAUUAUUCCGAACACGGGCUGUCAUACAUGCAAGAAAGUGCAUCAAGCUUCCCGAUGAACUUUCUCUUGAAGAUUCAGCCACGAUGCCAUCAGCAUAUGUGACUUCAGCCUACUGCCUAGGACACCUAUCCCGGCUCACAAAGGGGGACUCUGUACUUAUUCAUUCCGCCUGUGGUGGUGUUGGUCUCGCAGCAAUUCGUGUCUGCCAGGUUUUGGGCGCCGAGAUAUUCGCAACCGUGGGAACUGAGGAGAAGGUUGAAUAUCUUGUCAGCACCAUCAGAAUUCCGCGCAACCGAAUUUUCAGCUCUCGAAAUGCAGAUUUCCAAAUCGACAUUAUGCGUGAAACGAAUGGUCGAGGUGGAAACUACUCCAUGCCUCCUGGGGCAUGUGUUGCACCAUUUGGCAAAAUGAUUGAGCUUGGAAAACGAGACUUCCUCAGCAACGGUAGCCUCAGCAUGUUGCCCUUCAUCAAAAACAGAGCUUACUUCGGAUUCGACUUGGUCCAUGUGGGCAGAGAGAACCCGGAAAUCAAUUUGGAAAUGAUUACUCAAUUUUCAUCCUGGUAUGAUGAAGGGAGGCUUACACCUAUUCGGCCUGUGAGGGUAUAUGAGGCGAGAGAAGUGGCCGAUGCGUUCCGCUACAUGCAGCAAGGCGUUCACAUGGGCAAAAUCUUGAUUCGCAUUCCACGCGAUUCUGCAGAGUUUCCUCCUUCUACAAAACAACAUGCCGAGGCAUUGAAACCCAAUUCCUCCUAUCUUUUGGUUGGUGGCUUGGGCGGAGUUGGCCGCUCCAUCUCCACGUGGAUGGUGGAACGAGGUGCACGCAGCUUAGUCUUCCUGUCGCGUUCAGCUGGGCAGUCUGAAGAGGACCAACGAUUCAUUCGCGAGCUGGAGGAUCAGGACUGUAACGUUGUUUGCGUAUGCGGCAGUGUGACUGAGCCACAGGAUGUAGAGAAGGCAAUCGCCCAAUCUCCUCUCCCAUUACGCGGUGUGCUGCAUAUGUCUGGAGUUCUUCAGGACGGCGCCUUCACCGAAAUGACAUAUUCGCAAUGGACAUCAUGUCUAGCGGCCAAAGUCACAGGCACUUGGAACCUGCACAAUAGUACCCGAGAUGCGGAGUUGGACUUUUUUGUUUUAUUCAGUUCCAUUUCAGCAACAGCGGGCAACCCUGGACAGGCAAACUAUGCAGCUGCAAACAGUUUUCUCGAUAGUUUCAACCAAUAUCGCCGUGGGUUGGGGCUACCAUGUGGUGUAAUCAACCUUGGGCCAGUUGAAGAUGUUGGCAUGCUUAGCAGAGACCAACCACUGCUUGAAAGAAUGCGCUCUGCUGGUGUACGAUUGGUCAGCGAGAAGGAGCUAGUUGAGGGGUUGCAGACAGCAAUUCAACAGGCCCAGGAACCCCAUUCCAUGAAGGUCAACAUGCCUACUUCCAGCUCCUGCAUUGUGGGUCUGGGAACCACAAGACCACUUUCAGAUUCCGAUGUUCGAUGUCCCUGGGGAAGCGAUCGUCGAUUUUCAAUCUUUGCCAACAUUGAUUCUACAGGAACUGCCUCUAGCGAUGCAGGUGCUGAUGAGCUGAAGGUUCUUCUGCGGAAGGUGGAACAAGAUCCGGUCAUCCUUGAUGAUCCUGAGUCGGAGAGAGUCAUCUGCCGCGAGCUGGCCAAGAAGAUCAACAAGCACAAGGCCGGAGCAGAGGAUAUGGACGAAGAGGAAAUGGCCAAUAUCGUUAUCGAUUCCUUAAUGGCCAUAGAAAUCCGAAGCUGGGCUCGCCGUAAUAUGGGAUUGGAGAUCAGCCUCGUAGAAAUUGGGAAGGCUGGUACAGUCGGUGGCUUAGCAGCCGCAGCCAUCGAACAUCUCAAGGUAAAGCACGGUGUCAAGACGGGUGAGGCACCAGCUGAAAAUGGAGCUGUUGGAGGGUGA